GUGUACGUGAACCCGCGGACCUUGCUCGUAUUUUGAAACGCCUCUCUCUCUCUAUAUAUCUCUCUUUCACCACUACUAUUUUCAAAGGCUACAUAAUUUAUUAGUAGGAUUCUCAAGUGUUUCUCUUGUUGAUAAUGUGGAAAUUUUGUUAAUCAUUUACUAAAACCGCAAAAACACACUUAAAAUCUUGCGUCACUUCAAAAGAAAAAACUUUAGAAAGUUGUGGAGGCUUUCAAGAGUGUUUCUCCUGUUGAUAAUGUGGAAAUCUUGCUAAUCUGUCACUAAAUCCGUAAAAAACACACUUAGAAACUCGUAUCACUUCAACUAGAGCCUUUGGAAGUAGUGGGAUUCUCUAGUGUUCGUAAUAUCAAAAUACCGUUAAUCUGUCUCUAGAACCGUAAAAACACUUAAAAACCCGUGUUACUUCACCACAACUGUUUUCAAAGGGCACAGAGAUGGUUAGCCGGGUUCUCAAGAGAGUUUCUGCUGCUGGUAAUGUAAAAAACUUGUUAAUUUGUCACUAGAAUCGUAAAAACACCUUAAAACAACGUGUAACUUCAACGAGAGCCUAUUGAAAACAAGUCGAAGUAUUUCAGAAAUUGGUGGUUUCUCUCACAGCGUGGCGAGAACAAUUAUUAAAAGAAGUCAGUUUAUUCCCGGAACUGUAGAUGACAGCUAAUGAAGAAGUUAAUAGCUGGUCUUAUCUUCAAAAUAUCAAUAACAGCAUUCAAAACUGUGAUGACUAAUGCAGAAAAAGAGAAGUUAACUGGUCUUGAUCUCAAAACAGCAAGAACAGCUUCCAUCAGCGCAGUUUAUCCCCGGAACUGAAAACUACCGAAGGAGAAAUUAUCAGCUCGUCUUACUCUCACAGCAAUGCAAAAAACAAUUCCUAACGGCAUCCAGAACUGUGAUAACUAAUGAAGGGGAAGUUAUUAUUAAUUAACAGUUCGUCUUACCCUCAAAACAGAGAGCAGCUCCUAACAGCGCGGAAACCUUACACUUCUGCAGGAAAAGUUGACAGGCCUUAUUAACCGUACACUGCAAGGCAAGAACACCAUUAUUACUGUAGAAAAUUUAAGAAUUAACUAUCAUUUUUUUUUUUCAUUAUUGUUACCACUUGUUUAAAUAUAUGGAACGUAAUAUAUAUACUGACAAGAGGUAGUUAAGAUUUACGACCUAUAUUCAACAGUAACAAGCUUAAUUUUAGUAGUGUCCUUGCGAAAGUAACAAAUAAGAAAUUAAUAUAUGCCACCUUAAAUAAGGAACAUAAUUUACGUAGACAAAAGAUACAAAAAAGCAUUCUCUAUAUUCAACAAUAGUGAACUUAAUACCAGCGUUCUUGCAAAAAUAACAAAAAAUAAAUAAAUAAAUAAAUAAAAACAUAUAUACUAGCCUGAAUAAGGAACAUAGUAAAAAUACACAAAAAAUAAGAAAAUAUUAAUAACUCCAAGCCUAAUACACAGAAACUUAAAAGAAAACCCCAGAAAUUCUACGUGUUAGACAAUCCCUUGCUAACUGACUGAUUGUGCUUUGAUCCAAGUUGACAUAGUGAGGAAGACUCUGAAAUGGACUGAAAUGAGAAAGUUCUGAAGUGAGAGUGAAGCGAGUGACGUGAACAUGGCUACUGAAGUGCUGGGUGGUGUUGGUGGUGGUAUUACUGGCAGGCCACUCACGGCUGAUGACUUGGCAGGGUCGCGGGUGAAGAAUCCUGGACUGCUGGAGGACUGGUGGCCCGGGUACCCAGUGUGGCAAGGGCAGAGAGACGCCGCGGUGCCCAUGGUGAUCGUGGUGACGCUGGCGGCGGUGAUGGGCCUGGUGGGGAAUAUCAUCGUGGCGGGCCUCCUCUGCUGCCCGGGCCGUGGUCCACGUAAAUUUAGCCUCACCGGCCUGUACCUGCUGCACCGGGCCAUCGCCGACGCCUGUGUGCAGAUGGGCCAGCCUCUCAUGGUGGUGACAGUGGUGGCGGACAAGCACCCGUGGGGCGUGUGUGUUCAACCCUGCCCUCAUGCAGCUGGGAAUGGUUGCCAGCAUUGUCUUCCUCGCCGGCUUAGCCCUGGACUCCUUCCUUGCCUCAAAGCCACACCGCUUCCCCGCCCAGAUCCGCAGAAGAGUGCUGCGGGCGGCGGUGACGGUGGCGUGGGUUGCCGGCCUGGUGCUCUUCACCCUCACCGGCCUGGGGAUCUUCCGGCAGGGUGACAUGUGCCUAGAGGCGCCGCUCUUCCUCAUCCACACUCAUGACGGGCUGUUCGUGUGUCUCCUGCUGAUGUUCCUGCUGCCCCUGGUGGUGCUGGUGGCUUCCCUGGCUCUUGUACUGUUGAAGAAGGAGCCGCCGAGUGUGGGGAGAAGAAACAGCGAGAAUACGAGAGAACGAACCGCGACGGGGGCAGGAACUGGCGGGAGGGAGUCCAUACGUACCAACACCACUCCUGCUGGCGCCAAGACCAUGCUGCCUCGCUCAGCCCGCCUGCUGGUAGCGCUAAGCCUUGUCUUCGCCGUGACGCACCUACCCUACUGGACGCUGCGGAUCCACUACUCCAGGGCGCGGGAACUGUUACCAUUCCCCAUCCACGCGGUGAUCUACUGCCUGGCGUUGGUGGGAACUGCCCUGGAUCCGGUGUUGGGAGUGUGGUUCAGGGUGGAACUGUGGCAGGGCGUGGUGGCGCGCCUCCCUUCGCAUCCUGCCUCUGCUGUGCCGCUACACACUGUUUAAUUCUAGCUUAAUAACUCCAGCUUCCUCAGGCCAGCGCUUCUUGUGACAGACUGCAUCGUUUGGCGGCCCCAUCAUCCCCGAGUGGCGGUAACUUCAAGUGAUGUAGAGUGGAUACGUCUGGUGCAGUGAAUAUUAUUAGUUACUGUGAAGUGUGGACCGUUCAUUGUGUCCUGUGUGGCUGCAUUUCUUCGUGUUUCUCUCCAUGGUAGCCUCUGUAUAGAUGUAAUUUGUUGGCAGUGCUGGCUUCGUGUUCUGCUUCAUUCAUAAGAAAUAAGGGAAGCUGCAAGAAGCCAUCAGGCCUACACGUGGUAGUCCCUGUCCUACACAUUCCUUUCAUUUUAUUACUGGCCAUUCGUGUUAUGAUGGCGGCCUAUAUCUUACAUUUCAGCUCUAGGCAGCCGCAAGGACCCAUCACAUACACAUUUUUUUUUUUUUCUUUUGUCAUAUUUUUCUUCAAUCUUUGCAGCAUCCACACAAAGCAUGCAGUUUCUUUUCUUUCACUAAUCACUCUUUUCCCUCAUUCUUGCCUUUGAUAGAAGUUAAACAAGACGUACUUUCUUGUCAUUAUUAUAUUUUCUUUCAUUCUUGUCCCCAAUAUAGAGACCAAAUACAGCAUACAAGCCUUUGCUUCCCUUCAUUUUCAAUUAUUUUCCUUCAUUCUUACCCAUAAGGAAAUAAAAUAAAGGCCAAACGAAACUUGCAUACUUUUUUUUUUCAUUUUUGUCCUAUAGAACUCACACACACACACACACACACCUGUUUUCCCUUCAUUAUCACAAGUUUUCCUCCUACAUUCCAACAUUUUCCUCCAUUUUCAUCUCAAGUAGAGGCCAAAGACAUGCAUACCUCUUUUCCUUCACUUUCAAUACAGUUUCUUCAACUCUUCAAUGGCAGAAAUAAGCUGUAGACACAAACCUUCUUUCCCUUCAUCAUACACUUCCUUCCAUUGUCUCCAGCGGAAGCCAAACUAAACAUGCCUUUAUUUUUUCUCCCAGUCAUACUUUUCCUAAAUUCCCAUUCACUUAAGCACACACACACACACACACACACACCUUUUUCUCAUUCAUGGUAUCAAGCAAAACACACAAACUUUCUUCCUUCAUGGUGGCAAACGAAACACACCUUUUUUCCUUCAUUGUUAUAUAUUUAACCAUUAAUGAAAAGUACAAAACAUCAAAAGUUGCAGCGGCCGCCUCUUAAAGUUUGCCUCAUCCUGCCCCCCAUCCCAUCCCGUCCUGUCCUGUCCUGUCCCUGAACCCAAACAAACCCAGGCCACCUCUCUCCUAUGCAAUGGCACGCCACACACUCUGCCAUCACCUUUCAGAAAUCACCACCUUGUCAUAACUUAUAACACAUUAAUAAAGGGGGAAUAGAAUUAAUCCGGUACUCAAAACAUCUUUUCUUGAUGCCUUUUGUAAAGUUUUGAGAUAGAGUGAAAGGAAUUGGUACUCAGAACAGCUUCCCUGAUGUAAAAAUUGAGAGAAUGAAAGAAAUUGGUACUCAAAACACCUUAAGAGUUUUGAGACAGAAAGGAAUUGGUACUCGAAACACUUAUCUUGUUCUUGUAGUGUUUUGAGAUGGGGUAAAAGGAAAUGGUACCCAAAACACCUUAUCUGGAUGUUUGCCUUAAAACCUUGAGAUACAAUGGAAGAAAUUGGUACUCAAAACAGCUUUCCCUGAUGUUUUGGUUAGAACCUUGGUAUAAAAUGAAAGGAAUUCAUACUCAAAACAUCUUCCCUGAUAUCCUUGUUAUAGAAAUGAAGAAUGUAAGGAGCUGGUAGUACUCAAAACAUCCUUCUCUCUUCUUGCUAUAGAACCUCGAGACAUAAUGAAAGGAACUGGAUAAACAGACGCUCUUCCCUGUUCUUGUUAUAGAAUCUCAAAUAAAAUGUAAGGAACUGGGUAGACCCUCUUUCCUAUUCGUGUUCUACAUUUUGAAGUUUAAAAAAAAUGCGUGAAAAAUAACUUUGCAAUUCCCUUCUCUAUAGAAAAAUGCCUUUGAUAUAUUACAGUAUUUAUAUAUAUAUAUAUAUAGCAAAUAUAAUAGACAAAAAAAGCAUUAUCAUUAUUAUUAUUAUUACUUAUU